ACCGAACAAUGCAAGACAUUGUCUACAAGUUGGUACCGGGACUACAAGAGGCGGAGAUAAAAAAACAGAGAGACUUCUAUCAGAAGCUGGGAAUGGAAGUGCCCGGGGACAUCAAAGGAGAGCUGUGCAGCAUGAAACAACAUCUAGAUCCUCAUCGCAAUGGUGAGGUGAAAACGGAGGACACGGCAAAUAARGAAACAGGGGAGGAGAAACCGGAGGAGGAGAACGAUUAUCACCGCAGCGACGAGCAGGUCAGCAUCUGUUUGGAGUGCAACAGCAGCAAGCUCCGUGGCCUGAAGCGCAAGUGGAUCCGCUGCUCGGCGCAAGCCACGGUCCUUCACCUCAAGAAGUUCAUCGCCAAAAAGCUUAACCUGACAUCGUUCAAUGAGCUGGACAUUUUAUGCAAUGAGGAAAUCUUGGGAAAGGACCACACUUUGAAAUUUGUUGUCGUGACAAGAUGGAGAUUUAAGAAAUCCCCCCUCCUGCUGCAUUACAGACCCAAAAUGGAUUUGCUGUAGUCGGACAGAACGGUUGUUUUGGCCCAGUGGCCCAGAACUGUGCAACGUACUAUUUAUGCAGAGACGAUCAAUCCCAACACCAAGCAAACACACCAGAUCAGAAGUCCACACAAGCCAGCAAACAACAAACCCCAGCACAGAUACUGCACCACUGGCGGGUUUAGAUCAAAAACAACCUUUUUUGUCCSCUAUACAUCCUAGAUAUGUGAAAGAUUUGAGAAAAAGCAUAUAUUUAUACUUUUGUACAGAUGAGACAUGGAACCAAGACACUACUGGUGCUCUGUUUACACAUGAACAAGAUGUCGGGGAAUCGUGUGCCCAUCUUUUUAGUUUUUUUCGACAGACUUCACUCCUCCGACCCUCAUUGACUGAUAAAAAGGCGAAGACGAGGAUUUUUAACGGUUCAUUUUAUUUUUCAGGUUACACUCAAACGAGUCUUGGGAGCAAAGAAAGUAUAUACAUUUAUAUGAUAAGACAUUGUUUCAAAGCUGUUUAUUGCGUUGUUGUAUUGUCCUCUGAUUWAUUUUUUUAUUUUACUUUAAAUUUGCUUCGGGUUUGCUGAAGGUUGAUUGUGAAUAGGGGGAAAAAAUGUGGGUACUAAUUUAUGUUCUAUAUACCAAUAUUGUACAUAAAAUGUCAUUAUGAGAGAGAUUGAAAGGAGUAAGAAAGAUACUUAAGAUUGUUAGGAAAGGUUCACAGAAGUGCUUCAGUACAGUGCAUUCGGGAAAGUAUUCAGACGCUUUGACCUUUUCCACAUUUUGUUAUGUUACAGCCUUAUUCUAA